UUAUGUUGACUUAUGCGACAUAUGAUAGCUAAAUGAAACUGAAUUUAAAUCAUUUUCUUUUCUAGAAUUCAAGGAUUGAUACUGACUUAAUUCAAUAUAUGCUUUGUUCCCAGUAUAAUUUUUUUCUAAUAGUUCUCUUAAUGCUUAUUGAGUUAUCACUUACCUUUCAAGGAGAAAAUAGUUGGAAAUAAAGAUAUCAAAAAAAAUUUUUUAAGGAAGGAAUGUUCAAAACAAGCCAUAAAAUUAAUAAUGCCAAGACGAAAUGAUUUUUCUGAUGAACUUGAAAGGGCUCACACUGGCUUCAGACAGGAUAGUGCACCUCCAAGUUACGAAGAAGCAAUAAAUCCUAAUGCACCUCCUCCAACAUAUGAUUCCUUAUUCGGUAGAGUUCGAGAAGCUCAAAAAUCAAGCAGGGGCAUUGUAGAUUUUUUUAAAAACCUAGUAAUAAUUAUUUUGGGGACACUUGGUUGUACUAUUAUUAUUGGAAUAACCAUAGUGGUACCAAUAUGUAUGAUUACAAUUGGAGUAAUCUAUAUGCAUGAUUGUCCUCAAGGGGAGUACAUUCCUGUGUAUUUAGUUGUAGGAGGUUUAUUUGGUAUUCUAAAACAACUCUUGCACUUAUCAGCUCGAGUAAGGCAAACAGAAGAGGAAAGAAGGGAAGAAAAUUUGAGACAGUCGCCAACCCAAACCUUAUUAAAUUGCUUCAUGUUAGGAUGGUUUAUAAUAGGAUCUGUAUGGGUGUACAAAGAAUAUGAACCAAAUUAUGACCAACGCCUUGGGCUUUAUUGCAAUAAAACGCUAUAUCUAUUUGCCUUCUGGUUGAUAACGGCGGUUUAUAUAAUCUUAGGAAUUAUUACAGUUUGUUUAUGCUCUAUAAGCAUAGCUACAGUCAUUUUUCAUUCUGAUGCUACUCAUGGAACACGUACAAGUUCUAUUUAAAAUUAUUACUAUGGAAAAUUGAAGAUCUGGUAAAAGAGUAAGUUAUCUCCACAUGAUAAUGUAUAUAGUUAAAUCUGGGAUAUCUGUGCCGACAUUUUGAAUUCUAUUCUUCCUCAAAUCAUUUUGAAUUGUUAGAUUCUCAGGAAAAUAUACCAAAAAAACAUCAAAAACCUAAUGGUAGAUUUUUGUUUCUGUCUGUCUUCCUCUUCUUCAAAAUUCUAUUUGAUUCUCUGAAUCAAUUUCUUGAAUGUAUUGUACAUUAAUUGAGUAAUUAUACUAAUUUCAUAAGAAGACUAAACAGUUUUAGUGUUUCAGUUCAACUUAAUUAACACAAAUAAAGUUGCUUCAUUCUUCUGGAGAUUAACUAAAUUCAAAUUUUGAAUGCAAAGUAAUUAUGCUCCAGCUACAGACAAAAACCAAAUUUUAAUUUGCUGGAGCUCUCAAUAUGUGUAGGUCUUCGGUAGCUAUUUUUGCAUAUUUGUUUUGUCUUACAGUUGUUGUCUUCCAUUUGAAUUAUUUUUAAAUUUAUUUUUGAUGAUAUAUUUGAUAUCUUCUAGAAUUAUGAGGAGAUAACUUCACCUUUUGUUGACAUUCCUUACUGAUUGGUUAUCUGUGAUAUACAAUGAUUUUAUUGUGAUCUCUAUUUAUUAUAUUUAUUUUUUUCUAUUUGAUGUACAAAGAAUGGAUUUUCCAUUUCAUCUUCAAAAUUAUCCACAAUUUUGAUAUACUGUCUUCUAAAAUCACAUUAUCUGGUAAGAUAUCUUUUGUGAACACAUUACCUUGUCUUAUCCAAAUUAUUGUGUUUUGGAAGACAAAAAAAAUGAUCUUACUCAGGCCUCUUUAUGAAUCGAAAGAAAUAUUCCAUUUCAUCUUAGAUGGGACUCAAUUUUUGGUUAAAAAGUUGCCUCAACUAAUUAGUUUUACAAUCUUUUGUAUUACAACUUCUUUCUAUUGUAUUAUUUCAUAUAUUUUCUAUACAUGAAGUUUUUUCAUUUUUGGACGAGCAUUUAGCAAUACAUGAUUUGUUCUGUAAGUAUUUUUAAAUUGCAAUUUCGAUGUAAAUAUUUUCUUUCUUAGGCUGAAUCUCAAAAAGUUAUCCAAUAUUCUUAUUUUAAAUACAAAAAAUGUUCAUCUCAAAUAUUUUCGACUAAGAAAAAUGAAGAGCAAAAUAUUAAAUAAACAUUUAGUUAUGUACUUAUACAUCUAAAAAAAAAUAACAGUUUUUAUUGUGAAAUAAUACCGAAUGUUGUAUUGAAAGAAUCUCUUUUUCAUUUGAGUGGAAAGUAUAUUAUUUGUAACAGAACAAAAUAAAAAUUUGUUUGUUUUCCAAAAUUUUUCAUAAGAAUUAUGUGCCAAUUUUUCAUAUGAUUUAUGUCAACUGUGAAUUGUGUGAUUUAAAACCUAACUAUUCCUUCCACAAAAAUGAAAGUACUCAAAUUAUCCACUAUUAAAGGAAUGUCUAGUUUAAUUUUUCUCAAGGGUCCAAAAUAACUUCAGUUUAGUAAUAUUUUAUAUAGGUAUUGUCUCAAUUUCCAAUAUUGCACAAUUAAUUUUCAAUGCUGUUGGGCAAGAGUUGGCUUGCUUGUGUAUAAUUAAUUUAUAAGUAGUAAUUCAAGAUAAGCUCUACUAAUUGCAUUUGAACUGGCCCAAAUACGUGACUGAAUUGUAUAAAAAUUUUUAUUUUAUAGAUUUAGUGAAAUUAUAAUUAAGCGAACAAAUUUUAUAAUAUGUGGUGAAUUGUGUAAAAACUGUUUUGAAAUAUAAAGAUAUUUGAGUACAUAAAAAUUAAUAUAUGGCAAGAGUAUAAAAAUCAAGAUUUGUCAACCAGAAAUCUUCACUAGUCAUUUCACACUGGACAGUGCCAAUAAUGGAUUAAUCUCUAUGAAAAUAAUGCCAUAUUUGUAGUUUAUAGAUAGUUAUAUGAUAAUUGAAAUAAUUAUUUAUUUAUAUGAUUAAAAUAUCUUCAAUAUAGCAAGUAUCAUUAA